AUGGACACCAUUAGCACUGGCAGCACGAAUUCAGUCAUUAGUUCUCUACAGCAAAAAACACCAACUAAAAUAUUCAAAUCCAAAAAGAAAAACAACAAACCCAUCAAGGUAGUUUAUAUUUCCAACCCUAUGAAGGUUAACACCAGUGCCUCUGAAUUUAUGGCACUGGUCCAAGAACUUACUGGUCAGUACGCUGAAUCGCCGCCAGAUCCUUCCAAAUUUCAAGAGUUUGUCGGCGAUAUCAGCGUUGCUGACCCUGAGUGUGAGAAUAUUAGAAUGGUUUGUGAUGAAAAUGAUCACACAGUUGUGACAGUGCCUCCUCUUGUGGGUUCUGAUGAACAAGUGGUGAAACCUGGUGGAGGAUGCUCGUAUGAGGGUUUUGAUGAAGAUGUACUUUUGACUCCUCAGUUGGUGGAGAAUGUUUGGGAUCUGCUUCCAACAACUGCAUUUUAUGAAACUUUUCAACUUGAUAGCUACUAA